GAGACGGAGUCUCACUCUGUCACCAGGCUCGCGUGUGGUGGCGUGAUCUUGGCUCACUGCAACCUCUGCCUCCCGAGUGAUUCUCCUGCCUCAGCCUCCCGAGUAGUUGGGACUACAGGCAUGCGCCACCACACCCAGCUAAUUUUUGUAUUUGUAGUAGAGAUGGGGUUUCAUCAUGUUGGCCAGGAUGGUCUCGAUCUCUUGACCUUGUGAUCUGCUCCCCUUGGUCUCCCAAAGUGCUUGGAUUACAGGUGUGAGCCACUGCGCCCGGCCCACAACUGGAAUCUUUAAAAAAUCUCCCGUUUGUGUGCACCCUCUCCCGAGGCCCAGGUGUGGGGCUGGACAGGGCUGGGACCUGCCUCUACCUCCCAGGCAUGGCUCCUUUCCUCUCCCUUGUCCUGAAAACAACUGGUUCCUUCCGUCCACAUCCAAUCGCGGUGGAAAAUCACAAACAAGCACAGGAACGUGGCAGCUGACUUGGGUCCCAGACGGGCUCCCCUGUGCUCUGACCGCCCCGUCUCUCCCACGCGGAGGCCGCCCAUGGGGAGCGGGAGAGAGCCCGCCCGUGGGGAGCGGGAGAGAGCCCGCCCGUGGGGAGCGGGAGAGAGCCCGCCCGCCGGCCUUGGUUUUGGUCUGGCUCCUGGGGCCCGUGUGUGACCGAGGACCCAGCCAGCACACCGUCAGAUGCCCGCACUUCCAUGCGCCCUGUCCUGGGCAUUAAGUCUGCACCAUGCAGGCCUUAGAGAAGCAUGUGCUGGAUGUGCGGCCACCAGUGGAAGCUGGACACGCCCUCCCACAGGCCCCUGCCUGCCAGGCCGAGGCUGCUGGGAGAACCCACGGGAAGGGCGGUCACAGACCCGCCAGAAGCGUCCAGACCCAGGCACUCUCCGCAAGCUCCUUCCACAGCCAGCCUCCUGCUCCGGCCACCAGCGAGGCACCAGCCCCGCGUGAUUCUCGUGUCCUCUCCGCGACGGCCGGCCAGGGCUCUCGGGACAGCCUCCACUCCGGUGUGGGGUUCUGGGGUUUGUGCAUCUGACAUAAAUUCCAAGAAGUAAACACCCUCUUAGUUCCCAUCCAAGUCUUGAGAAUUUCCUGUUGUCCCAGCCAGUCUGUGGAGUCACCCACAUCUGCACUUCAUCAGCCCCGAGGCACCGGAACAAGCAGCAGAUGGGCGGCAGGGGACGCAGCCUUCAAAGGUCCUGCAGAAGCUCUGCCGAGACCAUUCUGUGUCAGGACGAGGGCGGCUGGCGAACAGCGGCUUGACGAUCAUGCUUGCCGAGGCCGCCCCCUCCCUCCGUGUCCCUGUUCUGUGCUAGGGCUCCCACUCUGCUGGGUAUAUGGGAGCCGCAGGCACAUAUGUGGGAGGGGGCAGUGGGACUCCACCGUGACCAAGACCCCAAGCAACAGGGAUAGCAGGAGGGUGUGACGUGCUGUGGGGGAAGCCCACCACCCAGCUGCGAGUCCCCUUACUGGGAGUCACCCCCGAGAGCCACAGAUCCUCCCAGGAGGGUCGCUUUUAACUUACAUGCUGCUCCCAGGCCUUCCGCCCUCCCGUGCCCAGCCUGCCAUAGCGCACAGGGUUAGAAGCGGCGUGACAGCUGAGGGCACAGGGACCUGGAGCACCCCAGAAGUGCCAGGAGGGUGGGGGCCGAUGCUGGCCUCUGCGAACCAGGACUUCUGGGGGUGCUGCCGCUGUGUAGGAGUCUGGCUGUGGCCUCCUCCCCACUCAACCUGAGGAAAGGACCAGAAGGGGCCGCUGAGACAAUCAAACGUGUCCUCUGGGCUCUGAAACCCAGCACUGGCUUUUUGUUGGAAGUUAGCCAUUUGAAGACUCCCGAAAGAUUAAUGGUUUAGUUAAUUAAGGAGGAAAUAAAUUCUUCCCCCACGGAAACUUUUGGGAGACUUCCCUUUCAAGGCCCCCUUCUGCACCGUGUGCUUAGGAACACUGAGUGUUUGAGACACUGCACCCCCGUCCACCUCCGAGGAGCAGGGCACAGGCAGGAAGGGCUGGGGACAUCCCCCCAGGGCCUUCCGAGCCACCCGGGAGAGUGGGGGCCGGCAGCACCACUGUGCCCUGCAAGCCCCGUCAGGUUCCGGGGGCUGCGAACAGAAACAGAAACAGCAACUUUUCCCUGGGCACAAGCCAAGGAAGAGGGGAAAGGAGAAACCUGACGGACACGUCUGCGACAAAUCCCCGGGGAAAAUCCCCCACAGGCACGUCCCUCAGGAAGCCAGUGGAGAAACGCUUCUCAGGACCCAGCACGCACCACGGGCUGGUGAGGACGGAGCUGCUGCCUUUCUGGAACAGACACAGGGCGUGUGUGGGGAACCUUGCUUCAGCUGUGGAUAUACAGAGCCACACGCCAACGUGUGAAUGGAGACUGGUCCCAGGAAAUGGCAGUUCUCGGGACCGCCCUGAGCCAGGGCCCAAGCACGGGCAGUGCACGGACAGGAAACGGUCAAAGCUCUGCUGUUACCACAGGCUGGGAACAGGACUCUCUGUCCCAGCACUGUCUUGGGCGUGUGCCCAUGAACGGUUUGCACGGAUGUGGGACACCUGCAUUCACGAAGCUUUCGAGCCUGGGUAGGCUGGGAAUCCCAUGCUGGGUUUGGGGUCUCUGGAGAUGGGACAGAGUAUGAGACCCUCUCGUGGUGUCUGCCCAGCUAGGCAGAAUAAUUCUGAGCAGAAUAGACGAAGAUGCUUCUGAGCUCCCCGGCAGCAUAAGCUCUGCCCGAGAGCCUGACCACUCACAAGGUGACCUGCCUAGUCCUGUCCCCAGCUGUGGGGCGUGACCGUUCCCAUCAAUAGCAGAGGUGGCCCAGGCCCCACAUGACAUUCGUUCUGUUCCAGGCCCCGCUGAGAGCCCCACCCGGCACAUCCAGAAUCUUACCCUUCUUGCCACCUAAGAAUGACCUGGCCCCGAGGUCCUCCAAGUACAGGUCCCUGGCCCUGCAGGUCUGGGUGAACUUGCUCCCUCCAGGCACACGGGUCUCUCCCCUUCCCAGCAAUCCUGUGAUAUCUGCCCCCCUUUUGAGAGCAGCAUUCUCGUGGCGGGGACAGGCCUGGAACACGCGGGCGGGGGGAGGCUUGUGGUUCCUAUGGUCCUGGGGGCAACUGGAUGGCUGGGGGGUGUGAAGUCCCCAGGGCAGGCAACAGUCGCUCAGUACCAGCCUCCAGGCCCCGGGGGCCACCAGGCUUAAAAGCAACAGGCGAGAUGAGGGGUCUGUCCCGCACCCGGCAUCCCUGGCCUCUCCUCUGGGACAGGAAGAUGGGGAGGGGCGGCAGGAGGUGGGCCUGGAGCAGGGCCUCAGAAGUCUCCCGGCCUUUCCCAUCAGGAAGCACAUCCUGUUGGUGUCUGGCUGCCGUGGCAGGGCCGCUAUUUGUUGCGGUUGGCUACGCCCUCCAGCUCACCAAAAACAGUCUCAAAAACAACCAUUUCCUCUCUGCUGAGAGCCAGGGAAGGCGAGCUCUGCGCACACGGGCGUCCCUGCAGCAGCCACUCUGCUUUCCAGGACCAGCCAACUGCCCUGGAGGCAUCCACACAGGUGCCCAGGCAGCACAGAGGAGCUGUGAACCCGCUCCACACCGGCCACCCUGCCCGGAGCCUGGCACUCACAGCGGGCCGGUGCUAAGGAGUGUGGCGCGGGCUCGACUCCCACUGCUGGCGGCCUCCCGAGUGGCUCUGUUUUCCACUGCUGCAGGCGAGAAGAGGCACGCGCGGCGCAGGCCGGCCUCCGCUUCCCGGGAAGACGGCGCACUCCUGGCCCUGGGUUCUUGCUGCUGCCCACCCUCUCCUCCCUGGGAUGGGCCCCGAGGCGAGCAGCUUCAGCACAGGCCUGGCCCUACUCCAGGUGCAGGAAGGAGGAUAAAGCCGGGCCGAGAGGCGGCACACCUGGACCAUCCCAUGGGCCUCCGCCCGCGCCGCCCCGAGGAUGAGUGGUGAUGUCCUCUAGCCACCCCUAGCAGCGUCGGCUCUCCCUGGACGUGCGGCCGCGGACUGGGACUUGGCUUUCUCCGGAUAAGCGGCGGCACCGGCAUCAGCGAUGACCGUGCAGAGACUCGUGGCCGCGGCCGUGCUGGUGGCCCUGGUCUCACUCAUCCUCAACAACGUGGCGGCCUUCACCUCCAACUGGGUGUGCCAGACGCUGGAGGAUGGGCGCAGGCGCAGCGUGGGGCUGUGGAGGUCCUGCUGGCUGGUGGACAGGGCCCGGGGAGGGCCGAGCCUUGGGGCCAGAGCCGGCCAGGUGGACGCACGUGACUGUGAGGCGCUGGGCUGGGGCUCCGAGGCGGCCGGCUUCCAGGAGUCCCGAGGCACCGUCAAACUGCAGUUCGACAUGAUGCGCGCCUGCAACCUAGUGGCCACGGCCGCGCUCGCCGCAGGCCAGCUCACCUUCCUCCUGGGGCUGGUGGGCCUGCCCCUGCUGUCACCCGACGCCCCGUGCUGGGAGGAGGCCAUGGCCGCUGCAUUCCAACUGGCGAGUUUUGUCCUGGUCAUCGGGCUCGUGACUUUCUACAGAAUUGGCCCAUACACCAACCUGUCCUGGUCCUGCUACCUGAACAUUGGCGCCUGCCUUCUGGCCACGCUGGCGGCAGCCAUGCUCAUCUGGAACAUUCUCCACAAGAGGGAGGACUGCAUGGCCCCCCGGGUGAUUGUCAUCAGCCGUUCCCUGACGGCGCGCUUUCGCCGUGGGCUGGACAAUGACUACGUGGAGUCACCAUGCUGAGUCGCCCUUCUCAGCACUCCAUCGACGCACACCUGCUAUCGUGGAACAGCCUAGAAACCAAGGGACUCCACCACCAAGUCACUUCCCCUGCUCGUGCAGAGGCACGGGAUGAGUCUGGGUGACCUCUGCGCCAUGCGUGUGAGACGCGUGUGCGUUUACUGUUAUGUCGGUCAUAUGUCUGUAUGUGUCGUGGGCCAACCUCGUUCUGCCUCCAGCUUUCCUGGUUAGCGCAACGCGGCUCCAUGGCCACACGCGCUUCAGGGUGGAAGCUGGAAGCUGAGACACAGGUUAGGUGGCGCGAGGCUGCCCUGCACUCCGCUUUGCUUUGGGAUUAAUUUAUUCUGCAUCUGCUGAGAGGGGCACCCCAGCCAUAUAUUACACUUUGGUAAAGCAGAAAACCAGGAAAAUUUUCUUAAAAUAUCCACAAUAUUCCUUGAGUGAGUCAGAAUCUAUAGCCGGUUAGUGAUGGUUUCAGACAGAAUCGUGUUCGUGUCUGUUUUGCUCGAUUCCUUUCCUAAGUUAAAUAAAUGCAAGCCUCUGAA